AAAAAUUAAAAUAAAAGCGAGCGGUCUGACGCCGGCUGCUCCCUCUCACUUUUUCAGCCUCAGAUCGCCUGGCUUCUUCCACCGCCGUCGACCCGUCAUCCAUCCGCAUCGUCGUCGUUCUCCUAUUUGCGUCGGCAGCGCCACGCAACGCUAUACCGCCAAACCGAGCAUUGUUUUCAAUCCCACAAUGAACGUGCUCCUAUCGCCGCAGCCGCCCUUCUUCCCUCAUCAACACGAACCCUCUCGCCGCUCGCCGCCUAGAAUAAUGUCGCAACACACCAUGGCGUCCAGGAAAAGAAAAGCCGACGACGAUGACAACGAAAUGUCGAUAUCGCCGACCGGCUCGCCCGCAAUCAACUCGCGGCAGCUCUCGAGGCCAUCCAAGAAGGUCAGGGCUGGAAUCGAACUUGCAGGACGUCCGCUGCCUCUUCCUCGCCUUCUCGAAACUCUCGACAAGUCACAGUUGCGAGCUGUCCUCCAGACGAUUUGCGAGCGUCAUCCGGGCAUUGGACAUGAGGUGAUGGUUUCUGCACCGCGGCCGUCAGUCAACGGAGCCCUCGAGGUUUUGGGCGAAUACCAGGACAAGCUACGGGCCGCCAUUCCUUUCGGCAACUCGAGUUCCGAAUACACCUACUUCCGAGUCAAGCAGCCGCUCAUGGCGUUGGUGGAUGCUCUCGGCGACUUCACCCCCCAGUUCCUGCCGCCGGUUGAGCAGCAGACGACCGUGUCGUUGGAGUACCUGAACCAUGCAACAAAGAUCAUUCACGACCUACCCGAUUUCGACAGCCAGCAGUAUCGCCACCACAAGGACGGAGCGUACGACGAGAUAUCCAGAGCGUGGGCGUUGGUGAUCACGGAAGCGGCCAAGCGCGGAGGAGGCUUCCACUUGCACAACGGAAAGUGGGAUCAGGUUCUGGCUAAGCACAACCAGCAGUCCGGAGGAAAGCUAGAGCAGGCCAUGAACGCAAUGGUCAACGAGGUUGGAUGGGUCGGCGCGAACUCGAAUGCCCAUGGGCAGGGUUCUUCUUCGGACCCCAACUCGAUACUCAACCAGCUCAUCAACGGCACAUAUGGCGCACCUGUCCAAGUUGGUCCCUUCUAGAACAGGCGACGACAUGAAAAUAGAAGUGCGCCAUGACUUUGGUAAUUAUACGGAUACUCAUGGGACUGGGAGGAUAAGCAAAGCGGACAUCAAGGUCGAUUGCAUCAUGGUUUCUUUUGUCGUUCACUU